GAAAGAUACAAUUAAGUUGACUUAUUGCAAUUCAUAUUAAAAAUGCCGCUUAACGAAGUGACCUUCGCAGUUGUUAUAACUUUUGCAAAUGCCGUGUAGGUUAUUCACAUAUGGAGGGAGUUCGUACAGUGACGCUAAAAUCAAACUCUUCUUUCAGCGCUGCACAGCGCCGUGGUGAUCAUAUCGAGACACACAAACGAUGGGCUGCCGGUCAAAAUAAGCAAAAGACUAUUGCCAAAAGCACGAGUAAACUAGAGGAAGAAACAGAAGACCUUCACAGUGACUUGGUUGACAUAGAUGUCGGGAAGAUAAUCAUGCAGGCACGGCAAGAGAAGAAUUUGACACAGAAAGAUUUAGCAACUAAAAUUAAUGAGAGACAACAAGUAAUUGCUGAUUAUGAACAAGGCCGUGCACUGAAAAAUCAGAAUAUUCUCUCAAAACUGGAGAGGGCUUUGGGAGUUAAGCUGCGAGGAAAGGAUAAAGGAAAGCCUUUAGGAGGUCCAAAGAAAAGUUGAUUCGGGUUUCAUUUUUGUUACCCUUAUAGAGUGAUAUGACUGACCUAACAAUCUCAUAGUCAUGUGUAAAUUUAACUCACAGAUAGAAUUUCUCUAAAACAGGUAAAGUGAUGUCACCUGUCAGUUUCCGUUGUUACUUAUCCAAAUAAAUACAUAUGGUACGUUU